GGUAAGUUGAAGUUUAUGCUUUGUUUCUCCUGUUCUGCUUUCGGUAAGUUGAAGUUUAUGCUCUCUUAUUUAUUUAGCCCGUCGAAAUUCGUUGAUGUAUUUAUAAAGUGCGUAGAAUUGUGUGAAUCUGAUUUUAAUGGAAACAAGUAUAUUUUGUUGAUUUCUGGAGGCAGCAAAAUCUAUUGUCCUUACUAAUAUAGAUUAUCUAUUUAUUAGUCUACGUAAUGACAAUAUUUUCCUCUUUCUGAAUUAAUAUUUUGUGGAUCAGUGUGUGUUUUUGUUGCCAUUUUUUAUGUAUCAUAAUUUGUUGUUUCUCGUGUUCUGAUGAGUAGAGAUGUUGGAUUUGGCAAUUGCUUAAGAGGGGAUGGGGAUUUUCUUUUCCCAUAUAAGCAUAUGUUGAGAGGACAGCUCCGGCUAUCUACUUUACUGAUCAGACCAUUAUGAAUUGAUAAUCUGCAGAAACUAUUAUUAGAAUAUGUGGUUUGAUGAUUUAGAGGAGUCGAGCUUGAACUGUGAAAACUUUUAGUUGGUGGAUUUUAUAUACUCAUAUUUGUUGGAUUAAAUUAAAAAAGUUCACACAACGCCAAAAACUAUUUAUGCUAGCUUCUUUCUGCUCACCUUUUAUAUGCUUGCCUUAUUUGUGGGUGUGAAAUCAUCUGCUGUCUUCAGUAAAAACAUGCAAAUAUUACAUUGUAUAAUUACAGCAUUAAGUGACAUUUAUGUCUGUCUUUUUCCUUUGCAAAAUAAUUUUCUGCAUAAUAUUUGAUAAUUUAUUUACUUACUCUAAAUAUAGGAAAUGUCAACGAAUAAUGAAGCUAUUCCUUUGAAUGCCAUCAAGGAAAAAAUACGAAAUAAAUACGUGGUUGUCAGACUUUUACGCUUAUGGGUUCAAAAAGAUAAAUUGGGCAAGGAAGGACUUGAAAUGAUCGUGAUUGAUGAAUGGGGCAACAAAAUUCAAGCAUCCGUCUCAACAGGGAACAAGAAUAAGUUUCAUGAGUUACUUAAAGAGGGACAAAUAACAGUUAUUAAAAACUUCCAAGUAGUGAAAAACAAUCCUAACUUUCAGCAUGCAAAAAUCAAUCAUGAGUGGAAAAUCAGUUUUACCUUUAGAACCAUUGUUUCUGAAUCAACUGAACGCCCGAAUAUUACUGAAAAUGGAUUUGAUUUCAUCCAUUUUCAAAAUAUUCAUUCACAUGAUCAAGAAUUGGUAUUGGAUAUUCUUGGGGAGGUAAAAACUGAAAAUAUUACCAUAGAUUGUGUUGAAAUGAAGCAUGGCAAAGCUAAGAAGUGUGACAUAACAUUGGCUGAUGCAGAUGGCACACAAGUAAUUUGCGUAUUGUGGGAAUCAUAUGCCGAUGAACUCAAAAUAUUCAUGGAAAGCAGAUCAAGCGAGGAUAAAGAACCAGUAAUGAUAGCUUUACAAUUUGCUAUGUUAUCCACAUUCAGAGGUGUAACCAAAGUUUCAACAAUGAAGCACGCAACCAGAUUUUUUAUCAGCCCUGAUAUUCAAGAAGUUAAAGAUUUUAUAUUAAGGCGCGGUCUUACGAAAGAUUCCAACAAUAACACCGUAGCUAAUAUUUCCAACGUUAGCCGAGAAGUAAAAAGUGAAGAAUGGUUGAAACCUGCUUUAGUGAAAACAAUUAAAGAGAUGAAAAACUCUGAGAGUGGAAACUAUAUCUGCAAGGGCACAAUAAUUGACUUUCACCCUGAAGAAUCAUGGUAUUAUGAGUCAUGUGGAAAUGACAAAUGCUACAAAGGUGUUCCUAAAGGAAGCAAAAUCGGAGAUUAUUGCAAAAAAUGCAAAAAGCCGAUUGGAUCUAUAAAUAUAAGACAAAUAGUAGGAAUGACACGCCUGAAUUACUUGGCACCAUGUUGGAAAGAAAGUGUAUCUUUAAAGUCGAGGUAGCUAUGAGGUUUGGAGAUCGCGCCUAUACCGUUAAAGAUGUUACAGAAGACAUUGACAUUAUGACAAAGUUUUCUUCAAUCUCCAAUGUUGAUGAAAAAAGUGAGAUAACCGAAGGAACAUGUUCCAAUUCAUCAAACAAUCAAACCACUUCUCGAAAACGAAGUCACGAUGAUGAUCUUUUGGAGGUUGAUCAAGAUAGUGAUGAUCUACAAGUAUCAUCAAGAAAGACUAUGAAGAAGUAGCCACUCACGUUAUUUA